GCCUCUGAACUGUUCAUUAAUACAGGCAGGUAGAGGUUGAGACUACACUGCAUUAACUCCAGUCUCCAUUCGUUUAAGCUGAUCCACCUGGGAAAUCACUGCAGGCUGAUUAGCCAAAAAGUGCUGCUCUUCUGCCCAGAGAGAUAAAGAGCACCAUGCAAGGGACCACACUGAGACAACAGGGUUUUCACGAUGUGAACAAAAGAAGAUCUUUCUUGCAAGAUAACAGCUGGAUAAAGAAACGUCCUGAAGAAGAAAAAGAUGAAAAUUAUGGUAGGGUGGUGCUCAACCGACAUAACUCCCAUGAUGCCUUGGACAGAAAGACAAAUGAGAGGGAUGAGCCAAAAGCCACAAUUACUCGGUACAGAUCUGACGACACUUUGGACAGGAUCUCAGACAGAAAUGAUGCUGCUAAAACAUAUAAGGCCAAUACCUUGGAUAACCGACUAACUAAUAGAAGCAUGUCUACGUUUAAACCACCAGCAGCAACAAAGUCGCAACCUGGUGGUUUGCUGAGUGCCCAUACCACCACCACCACCACAGCUUCUGCCUCUGUGGCCACUCCUGUGAAGAAAAAGAGACAGUCCUGGUUUCCGCCACCCCCUCCAGGUUAUAAUGCCACUUCAAGCCUAGGAACCAGCAAAAGGGAACUGGUUGUGCACCCUCCAAUACCUCCAAAGCCCAGUUCUCCGCUUUCUUCUCCUCACCAGCUGAGACGAGAUAACAGGCAAAUAUGUCCACCUAAACCAAGCAUGCAUUCAGAAACCAACAGAUCUGCUGAAAGAAGUACAAGGAGUCAGGAUCUCAGUCCCAUCGUCAAAGCAGCCACUUCACUGCAGAAAACAGACAAGGGUGAAGAAUUGGAUAAUCUCAUUAAAAUGAACAAAAGUUUGAAUAGAAAUCAAGGUCUUGAUGGUCUCUUCAGAGCGAAUCCAAGGACAGAUCAAACAGACAAAAGGGCCAAAAGCCUGGAAAGUCUCAUCCAUGUGAAUACUGGGACCGACAAAGAUGGCAAACGAAACAAAGGCCUUGGAAGUCUUAUGAAUGUUAACCGAAGCACUGACAAAAACAAUAAAGGCAUUCAAGACUUUGACAAUGUUAUCAGAGGGAAUCUCAAAAGGAAUGAAAAUACCACUGGAAAACAAGACCUCCAUGGACUUAUUAAAGUGAAUCAGGAAACUAAUAAAAAUAUCAAGAGAGGCCAGAGCCUUGACAAUCUGACCCAAGUGACCCCUGAAGUAAACAAGAAUAACCAAGGUUCUAAAGACCUUAAUAACCUCAUCAAAGUGAAUCUAAGAACAGGAAAAAUUGUGGAAGGUGGUCAAAGUCUUGAUAGCCUCAUCAGAGUGACUCCUGAAACCAGAACCAACCAAGGGAAGCAACAUUCAGACACUAUAACCAAUGUGACCCCCUCGGCAAACAAAAGCAGAGAACAAGGUCUUGAUAAACUUAUUAAUGUAAGCCCCCAAGCUGUCAAAAGCACUGCCGGGAGCAAAGAACUUGAUAAACUCAUUAAAGUGAAUCCUGAAAUUCUCAUGAAGAACCAAAGAAACCAAGAUCUUGAUCACCUCAUUAAAGUAAAUCCUGCUGUAAUCAGAAGCAAUCAGAGCCAAGACUUGGAUAACCUUAUCAAAGUGAAACCUUCAGCUAUCAGAAACACUAAUCGAGACCAGGACUUAAAAAAUGUAAUUGAAGUAAAGUCUCAGGUACCGGAAAAUAAGAAUGGAAGGUCAGAUGGCCAAGUAAAUGGACUCAUGGAUGCUCCACGCAAUCAACCCACUAGAACUACUGCCUAUCCUUAUGAUGCUAGGAACAAUCUCAGCACAAGUGCUGGAACUAAGCAUGCAGGACCAAAGGACACUGUUGUGUACACAAGGACGUAUGUGGAGAACAGUAAGUCAUCAAAGGAUGGAUAUCAGGAGAAUAUUUCUGGAAAAUACAUCCAAACUGUCUACUCAACUUCAGAUAGGUCUGUCAUUGAAAGAGAUAUGUGUACUUACUGCCGAAAACCCUUGGGUGUAGAAACUAAAAUGAUUUUAGAUGAAUUGCAAAUUUGCUGCCAUUCCACCUGCUUUAAGUGUGAAAUAUGCAAACGACCUUUGGAAAAUCUACAAGCUGGUGACAGUAUUUGGAUUUAUAGACAGACAAUACACUGUGAACCUUGUUACUCGAAAGUUAUGGCAAAGUGGAUUCAGUAAUUCUGGCACAUCAAAAUCAAGAGGAAAAGCAUUCAUUAAGAAAUUAAAAGUUAAUUUUUUUCUCUUAAGAACAUGUAAUCUGGAAAAGCUUUCACACUGAAGAUUGACUCUUGUAUACAAUUAAUAAUUUUGCUUUUGCAUAAAUAAUCUAAUUGCCUUUAAUAAGGUUAUACACAUUAAAAGAACAAUCUGGUAUCUGGCUAGCUUUAGUAAUAAAAUUUCAAAUGGUUCCACUUAUCAGUGUCAAAGGUUUGAUGCUUCUGGUGGCAGUGAGCAUUGUCAACCCUGGCCAGGUCUGUCCCUGCUCCAUAUUUUGGCUGUGCAUCAUGGCUUCCAUUAUAAUCAAGUUUCUCAUUUUUCCCCUUUAUUUCUCUAAGACAUUGUAUUCACAAACUUUAUGGACACCCUGACAAGGUGUCAAUGAAGCAAGAUACACAUCCUUUAUCUGCAAAAGAAAUGCUAAUAGAAACUUUCUUAUAAAGCUUGGCAGAGAGAUAAGAGAGAAAAUUACAUGUACCUCACAAACUUUCUAGACCUCUGUGUUGUUAUUUGUCACAUGAGGAGGAUUGGACAAAAUGAUUUCUAAGAUUCCUUGUUGCUCACAAACUCUCUGAAUCUAAAGUAAGUUUGAGUUUGCUCUUUAGAAAUAUAUCUGUUUAUGCAUUUGUUAAGCAUAUUAAACUAGAUAGGACAUUUAUGAACAAUUUAACCUUAAUAUCAGUUUAUUGCAGGCAUAAUUUUUAAAGGCUGUGUUUUAAAAAUAGAAAGGAACAGAUUUAUGGCUAAUAGGUAAAAAUCAUAUGACAUAUAUAGUUUACAUAUUAUAAUUGGUUAAGUGUUUUUGGCAUGCAUUUCAAAAUCUUGGUAUACUUAUUAUGAAAAGUAGUGGUUAUGGAUACAAAGAUAUGUUAUUUACCCUGUUACAUACACUCAUAUUAUAUAGCACUUUAUAUUUA